UUUAUCGUCGUGGCCGAGGAGCUACUCCUAUUUACAACAACAUAAUGGAGCCCAGAUGGACGAAGAGCGUUUGCAUGGCUGUUUUAUGGUCUGGGUGUUUGCUGUGCGUUAUAUUUGUCACAGGACCCGCAUGUGCAAUCACCGUGUACGCCGACUCCGAGGUGAUAGUGCAGAACGGCACAACGGCAGUCCUGCGCUGCACCUUUGACUCCAGUGAAGUGGUGACCAAAGCCACCAGUGUGAGCUGGAGCUUCCAGUCCAAUCAGCCCGACAGUCAAUACUACUCAGCUCCAUACGUGAUUUUCUACUUUGCCGACGGAAAAGCAUAUCCAGGACAAGAAGAAUUCAAACACAGGGUUCAGUUUGUGGGAGACAUCAACAAGAAGGACGCUUCGAUACAGCUGAGUCCGGCUCAGUUCAGCGACAACGGGACCUUCUUCUGCGACGUGAAGAACCCGCCCGACGUGUCGGGGACUCAGGGCCGAACGGAGCUCAGGGUUGUUCAGAAAGCAGAGUCUCUCCCUCAGACCAACACUAAGAUUGUAAUCUUAGCAGUGUGUGGUGCUUUAAUUCUGCUCAUCGCCGUCGCUAUAGCCGCCUGCUUCGCCGUACGGGUGAUUCAAAACCGGCACGAUUACGAAGGAUGUACGUCCCUGGAAGGCGCGAGCUCUGAAGCUCCGCGGCCGCUAAAGAAGGCGGAGUCCAGCCGGGAGGGCACCAGGUCGACCGGCCCCUUGGGUCCGCUGCAGGUAGGAGCUCCAGGACGAAGAAAUCCACCGGGUGCCACUAUUUCAAAGGGCCCGGUGAUAUACGUCCAGUUGGAUCACUCAGGCAGUAAAAACUCGUUCCAUAAGAUGGAGCCCGUGGUCUACGCUGACAUCCGUAAAAACUGAAGAUGGGGACCAAAAUAAUAAUAAAAAAAAAACUAAAAGAAAAAAACAAAAGAAAACAUAGUAAAGUAUGAGACCUCUCAUUUAGCUGCUCUUGGGAAGGGUGGGAAAGGUUUUAACAGGGACAGAACAGGUGCAGUUUCUCUCUCUACUCUUUUCUUUCUCCAUAUUUUGUCGUAUGAAAGCAUGUUAUAUGAUAAACUAAUGUAUUAGUUGACUUAAAGAGAAAAAAACAGCUACGAAAACACUCCAGUUGAUACUACAUCAUAUCAGCCUUUAAAAAGUUCUCCAACACAGGGAUCAAAGUAAAAAUAAUGCCUUCAUUAUUGUCAUUCCAAGUGUAAAUUAUUUUAUUUUAACCCUUGAAUUGUUGUGCCCCCCCCAACACUCCCCUUAACCACCUAAUAGCCUCAGACAUGCUCGGCAUAUUACAGAUCUGCAGGCUGUUGCACCAAGUCAGCAAACAUUUACUGAUUUCCAUAUCUUAACAAGCGAAGGCUAAAAUCACGCCGGGAUUUCUGUUUCAUCCAAUGAAUGAUCAGUUUCAAUGAAAGAAAAGACCAUCGCUUACUAGAUAAUUAAAACUGCUUGUGAGCAUGCUGUAUGAAAAUCAUUUUAAUGACUCAUUCAUCUCAAUUUGAUGGAGGACAAUAUUUUUGUUUCAUACAAAGUUAUAUGCAAUUUUUAAGUUAAAGAGUUGCAUGUCGGCUGACAUCAGAGUAGGGCUGAAUCCCAUCAAGUUUAAGACUCAACCUCCAAUGAUAAAUGCUUAAAAUACGCCCUAAGGAAGCAGGAAACCCCUUGUGAUUUAUUUACUGUAAAAACAUGUUUGCCGAUAAAUCCGAGGUCACUCAUUCAGUCUCACCCAAAACAGAUGAAAAUCUUCCACAAAAAAACGUAUGGAUUGAAUUACAAGGUAGAUGUUUAGAUUAUUUCUGUAAUUCAUUCAAAUCUUUGUGCCGUAUUAACCCCUUAAAGGAGUGCCCCAGUUAACGAGGGUGUGUUUUACGUGCUGUUUGAAUUACAUCCUGGCACAUCAGGGAUGUUAGGAAAAUGGGAUUCAGCCAAACGAGCUCAGAUUGUUCCCUAAAAGUCAGGUUCUGCUCCUCAUUCAGGAUCCUGACGUCAUGGUGCUUUGAGUCGACAAUGUUUACCCUGAUAAAAUGCAGGCAAUGUCAAACUUUAAAAAAAAAAGCAAAGGUACAGAAGUUAAAGGUGCGCUGUAAAUACACAACACCAUCUGUGCUUUCUCUGGUGAUGAAAUGUGAGAGGAGUCUAAACCUACAGAGAAAAAAAAAGUAGAGUUUAGAAAGAUGGUAAAAAUGAAGCUACUUUUCAAUUAUUUUAUGUCAGUUUUCAUUAUCUGAUGGUGGCUUAGGAUUUUUUCCAUACCUGAUAGUCAGGUAGACUCGGUUCAAUUAGGAACCAAAAUUGCAACAUUUGCUAAAUCAUCAGCUGCUGUAGUUCUCUUUAACAACACUGCACUGUCUCAAAUAAACCAAAGUCUUUGAUAAACCUGUUUCCCUCCUCGCCUGUGGGGGCGCUGCACCAAGAACCACUGAAGGGAAUGUCACAAAAACCUCUGAAGAAGACACUGAAGGCAACUUCUUUCUUCACAAAAUGUUGUCAUAAAUGAAGUUGAGUCAGAUUUUAGCGGCUGUAGGAUUUCUGUUAUGGCUUUGCCUCCUGGCGCUAGACUUGUGCGAUUUGAUUUGGUUUUAUUUACCCAGAAUACCCUGUGCUGCAGUCCGCUUCCUGCUUCUGGAGCGGUCUUCGGUCCAAUAUUCAUUCACAUAAGCAUCCAAACCGCGCCAGAGUUCACUUCAGACCGAAGUUUGUAGGCGGACCAGAGUUUGCUUUUUUUGGUCUGCUUCAGGGUUCGAUUAACUCCUCUCAAAACGAACCGGGCUUUCUGGGCGAACCGACUGCAGUUUUGUUAAAGCAGACUGAACGGGGCUGGAGUCAAUGCAGCGUAUCUAUUUGUGCACCUUACAAACAGAUCCAAACAGUGCAAGAAAAAGAUCCGCCCAAACUUAUGACCACAUGCACUAAUGAAACUUUUUAUGUAAAAGGUUAACACAUGUACAGAAUGUUUUAAAUUCUGGUUUGCAGCACAGUUUCAGGAAUUUAAACACUACUAAUACCAUUUUAAACACUUAGCAACCGUUCAUAAGAUGUGAUGGCUAAAAACAAAAACAUAUUCCUAAGCAUUUGGCUGCAAAGGAUAAUUCUGAGUUUCAAUAGGGACUCAUAAUUUAGUCAAACUUGAAGCAAAAUCCCUCUGUUGACAUUUGGACGACCAUUUUGAUUCAGCCUAGUGAAAGUACAGCUUGCUGGUAAAAUAAAUCUAAAGUAGCCUUUCGGGUGCAACAGUCUGCAGAAGCCUGCAGUUGAUCUCCAUCAUGGGCAUCUCCAUCGUGAUCUUGUUUUGUAGAGGCGUAUAGUAAUGUAAAGUUAGAUAUUGGCCCAGAGUAACAUUGCAUGCAGUUCUAGUAACAUCUGCGAAGUGAAGUGAAGUUGGUACUGCUCACCCAGCUAGUGUUUUGCUCAGAAGAAGCCGCCUGACGUCGUGUUACUGUGAAUGCUUCAGCUUUCUGUGAAGUUCUGGCAUGUUGUCGUGGUACCCGUUGAAAAAAUAAAAAGAAUAAUACGUAAACUCCCUUUUUGGAUUUUCACCUCAGCAAAAAGGAUUUUUAAGAAUCCUUUUUGGAUUCUUAAAAAAAUCAAGAAUUUUGGGUUUAGUUUAAUUUGAAUUAUUGCGGGAGUUUUGGUUAUUCAGCGUCGUGUUCAAUGAUUUGCUUUUUGAAUAAACUAGGCAUGUUAAUAAAUGUUGCGCUGAGGUGACUUUUUCUCUUUUUUAUAAAAAACAGGGAGAUGUCAUUUUGCAUAACAAAACAACUUCUAAAUACACGGUUUGCAUGCAAUUUACUAACAACAAGCAUUCCCCCCGCCCCUCAGAUGUCUUAUUUUUUCUAUCUGUAUCAUGUUUUUCCUCAUUAGCGGGCCAAAUAUGAACAGUUUUGCUUUUACAGAUAGCGUUGAGCUUUAAAUGCAUUCCAAGUUAAUUUUUUUUUAUUUCCUGUUGUCUUAAAGCAUUUUCAAGCCAAAUUUGUUUUUAAUUAUGUCGACUUCUUGUUGUGCAACCAGUCUGAAAGCCAUCAGCUCAUGAUCUCGAAUGCAGUAAGUUUCCAUAAGUGUGUUUGUUUGCUUCCCAGUUGAAAAAUGUCGUGCUGUUUACUGUAAGUCAUUCCAGUGUGGUGUGCCUGUGGGUGUCUUUCCAGAGGAAGGACGGUAGUUUGCUGAAGAGGUCUAGAAAGAGGCUGAUUUGUUUGCUGUUUUUGCUUAAAGUCUUGAUUCUUUGUAACCAGUCACUAAAACCUACACAGUGCCUGCAUACAGUAUUGGUGUGAAUGCUUCAAAAUGGUCAGAAUUAAAGACGUCUUCUUUUAGUAAACAUUUUAGUCCUCUAACCAGAAUAGCGUGUGAGCAGCAUUUCCAUUAAUAAGAUCAGUCCACGUGCAUGCUGUAUAUUAACCAAUAUAGGCUCAUCGAAAUGAUGGGAACAACAUUUUCUACCUCAACAAAAUCCAAUUUUAGCAGUCAAAUGGAGAAAAAAAUAAAUCUUUAAAAACUCCCAGCAUUGACAGUCCUGGCCACACGAGCGAACUUUAAAAUCAAACCUCAAACUUUCCUCUGUCCAACAGCAUCAGUAUCUCACUGAACCACGAGGCAAAGAAAAGGAAAUUAAUGCUUAUUUCACAAAGCCAAAAGCAUAAAUAGUGUCUUACCUUUGCUGUUUUUUGGUAAUAGUUCAUGUUGGAGUAAAUAUUUCCUCACUGCUCCUGUAAUCUUUUAUUUCUGUGUGAUUUCUGACGGGUUUCACCUUUUUGAGCGGCAGAUGCACUUCCCUCGCUUUGACUGGUGAAUGAUUGACGGUUCAAUGGACGUCCCAAUCACCCAAAUCGCCCAGUGUGCUCCAGAAAUGUCCCUCCGUAGUUUACAAUGUGCUCAGAAUACUUGUAGAAGUAUUCUUUUAAUUUUGGUUUCGUUGCAAAACCAGUUAUUAGAUAGAAUGACUCACCAAGGAUGAUAUAUAGGUGGUAUGGAAAAUAACCUGAGAGAUUUCAAAUGGCGCAGACGGUACCAAAUUGUUCUGAAAUUGCUCCUUUGGAAGGUUCACCUAGAGUUUUAUCAACUAAUACGUCCCCAAAAUUUCUAUGCCUAGCUGUUUUUAUUUACUGGAUUUUGGUACAUAAAUGGUCAGGUUCUGUACUGUGGUUUUCUAAAUGUUUUGGAUUGCAACUACAUACUUUGAACAGGAUAUUGGCCUCACAAAGUACUUUUUUGGGGCAAAAUUACUGCUGUGUUCCAUACUCAUUUACUUGUAUUCAGUAAUAUGAGUAUAGAUUUUUAGACCCUUUAAGUUUUCUCUGGAGUCUAACUUUUUAUUUCCAUACCAAGACAAUUCAAAUGAACCUUGCGUGCCGUAAAUAUAAUACAAUUUAUUUUGGGCCAUGCACUCCAUGGUAAUCUUAACAAAAAUAGAUCAGUCCUUUAGCUGAUUGCAUGAAAAAGAAAAACUUUCAUUUUUACAUAAAAAUCCCAGAAUUUUUCUCAGGGUUGAAACUAAGCUGAACAUUCCGUCCUAAAAUCUUUAAAAAUAAAAUCCCAAUACAGAAACUGUGAUAUUAUAAAAGCCAUAAAAGGUAUCAAAACGCAAAUUGAGUGACUCAAAGUCCAACUUUCCUUGAUAUGUUUGUACUUUAGUUGGUGUUUCUUCUGCAAUAUAUGCCUCAGUAGUGGAGAUCCAAAAAAGGGCAGUGUAAUUUCUUUCUUUUAUUUUUUAUUUUUUCUCUUCUUUGUCAUUUUAUGAACCUUUACAACUAAAUUACAAAAGAAAUCCUUAUUUUGACCAUUUUUAGCUCCAAACAAUGCAGGCACCGUGUCGUCUUCCACUUGACCCGUCUUGUUCGUCCUGGACCCAACAGGAAGUGUUCGGUUCUCUUGUUUUGUUUUCCGUUGCCGCUCAGCACCAUGCAUGUUACCGACUAACCCGACAGGAAAAGGAACAAACAUGUAAAAAAAUAAAAUAAAAUAAAAAUACUGACAAAACCCUUUACUGCUGGUCACCUGGCUUCUAAUCGUGACUUGUCGCAGUGUUUAGUGAUGUUGUAAAAAAUUGUGAUGUAAACUAUAAAUUAUGAAAGACUCGGGAUCCGGCUGAGCUCGUGCACGGCCGCCAUGGUUACGCAGGGCUGGGCGGUUCAGUCACGUCGAGUCUUACGGCGCGUGCUCUGUGUUUUUCGAUGGUUAGGUAGUUGUGUGUUAUUUACGAAUUGUUUGGUAUGUUGUGUGAAAUCUGCACUAUGUCUUGCGUAACAAAGACAACGAAAUGCCCUGUGAUUGUGUUUUGUUUUGUUUCCUCGAAAAUAACCACGGCCUCUGUUCAAUGUCUUUAAAACUGGAAUGUUGUACAUUUAGUGCCUUUUACAUUUCGUCAGCUAACUUGAACAUCUGCUCAAUAACAGAAGAUAAGAUUCAUUUAUUUUCUUUUUAUUGUAUGUAUUUUUUUAUACACAUAAUAUCGCCUCUGUAUCCACUGUUCAAAUUUUAUAUAAAACUUACUCCCGGUCAAUAAAACAAAGUUUCUGCUCGUUA